AUGGCAAAGCUGGAGUUUUUAGAAGGCGGCUACUUCGUCUGGAGAUAUGUCCCAUCUAUGUCUGCGGCCGUCAUUUUCUUGGUGCCUUUUCUCCUCGCAACAGUUGUUCAUUUCUGGAAGAUCUUCCAAAAAAGAGUGCGAUUUUCACUUCCGUUUGCCAUUAGCGGCCUUUUUGAGAUCAUUGGUCAUGCGACUAGAAUCGAUUCCUACAACAAUACUGGAAAAUUGAUGCCGUACUGUAUACAAGUAGUUUUCAUUCUUCUUGGCCCAGCUCUGUUUGCUGCAUCGGUCUACAUGGUGCUCGCUCGCAUAAUUCGCAGCCUCCACGCAAGAAAACACUCUGCUCUACUACUGAACUGUGGGUCUGGAAUGAUGGUCAAUACCGGUCUUAACAACCUCGGGCAGGGGUUCAUUAUUACUAGCCUAUGUUUGCAUGUUGUGAGCUUCUGCUUGUUUAUCCUCACUGUAUAUGUAUUUCAGAAACGAAUGCGUCGUGCUCCGACUGCAGAGGCAUUUGACAUCGCUAUCCCUUGGAGACAGCACCUGUAUAGUCUCUAUACUAUAAGUGGGCUAGUGCUCGUCCGGUCCAUUUUCCGAGUCGUGGAGUACGCCAUGGGCAAUGACGGCUAUCCAUUGAGCAAUGAAUGGACAUUGUAUGUCUUUGAUUCUGUACCCAUGUUUGCCGCAAUGGUGAUCUUUGCGGUGUGGUACUCUAGUGAUCUGAAGCCUUUCCUUGAUAAAGCUUCUGAGGGCAGUGAGACUAUCGAGAGCAAAGUAUGA